GCAAACCUAACCAAAGCCCAACAUAAAAACAGCGAUAUAAAACGAGAGUCCAUUAGGGUUACCUAAAAGCUGCUUCUUCCAUUACAGAGAGCUGGAGUGAGUUGAGGGAGGCGCAACCUUAAUCCCAACCAAACAACCAUGGCGAGAGGACUUAAGAAGCAUUUGAAGAGGCUCAAUGCACCUAAGCAUUGGAUGCUUGAUAAACUUGGCGGUGCAUUUGCUCCCAAGCCAUCAUCUGGACCCCAUAAAUCCAGGGAAUGUUUGCCUUUGAUUCUUAUAUUGCGAAACAAGCUGAAGUAUGCUCUCACUUAUCGUGAGGUUCAAUCUAUCUUGAUGCAACGUCAUGUCCUUGUUGAUGGGAAGGUCAGGACAGACAAGACCUAUCCAGCUGGUUUCAUGGAUGUUGUAUCAAUUCCCAAGACUAAUGAGAACUUCCGUCUUCUUUAUGACACCAAAGGUCGAUUUCGCCUACACUCUAUCCGUGAUGAGGAGUCAAAGUUUAAGCUGUGCAAAGUGAGAUCAGUCCAGUUCGGUCAGAAAGGCAUUCCAUACAUCAACACCUAUGAUGGAAGAACUAUCCGCUACCCUGAUCCACUCAUCAAGGCUAAUGAUACCAUCAAACUCGACUUGGAGGCAAAUAAGAUAGUUGACUUCAUUAAGUUUGAUGUGGGAAAUGUUGUUAUGGUGACAGGAGGAAGGAAUACUGGACGAGUUGGAAUUCUGAAGAACAGAGAGAAGCAUAAGGGGAGCUUUGAGACCGUUCACAUCCAGGAUGCACUUGGUCACGAGUUCGCUACUCGUCUAGGGAAUGUUUUCACUCUCGGAAAGGGUUCAAAGCCAUGGGUGUCUCUUCCCAAGGGCAAGGGUAUCAAAUUGACCAUCAUCGAGGAGGCCAGGAAGAGGACUGCUGCUCAGGCUGCUACAACUGCAUAAAUUUAUGGAUGAAUAUUAGCAGAGUUUCAUCUGUUAAUCUUACUAGCAGGUGGUUGGUAUCCAACUACUUUAGGAUUUAUGCAAAUGAAAUUAUGUUUUGUUCUCAGUUCAGUUAAAUUGCGAAUUUGAAAGAUAUUUUACUGGUUGCAAAUUUUGUUGAACUUGUCUGUUUUAUCGAGUUUGUUAAGAAAUAGAAAACUCUCAACUUUGCAGUUA